CAAGGGUGGCUCUCCGCGCCAGCCCCCCCCCAACCCAACCGCCGCAACAUCGCCCCCGUGCCGCGUUACCGUCCCGCCGCGCCCGAACAGACGGCUCGUCGCCAAUAGGCUUCGCAGCCGACCCCUUUGCUGCGCUCUCAGGUCCAGUCACUGCUCUCGGGCGCAAGGAUUUCCACAAGCCUGCCUGGAGCAGGCCGCACCAGCGGCCAAGAUGACGGCGUCUGCGGUUUUUAUCCUCGACAUGAAGGGCAAGGUGAUAAUCUCUCGCAACUACAGAGGGGACGUGCCGAUGAACUGCGUCGAACGCUUCAGUGGGCACGUGCUGGAGGCGGAGGCCAAUGACGAGCGCCCAGUGUGGCUCGAGCACGGCACAACCUACAUCUACAUAAAGUACAACAACCUGUACAUUAUGGCGGUGACGCAGCGCAACUCCAACGCCGCGAUGAUCCUCCUCUUCCUCUACCGCCUCGUCGAGGUCUUCAAGGACUACUUCAAGGAGCUGGAGGAGGAGUCGAUCCGCGACAAUUUCGUCAUUACCUACGAGCUGAUGGACGAGAUGAUGGACUUUGGCUACCCGCAGGUUUCAGAGCCAAAGAUUCUGCGCGAGUACAUCACGCAGGAGGCGCACAAGCUCGAGGUGGUCAAGCCGCCGAUGGCUGUGACCAACGCGGUCUCGUGGCGUUCCGAGGGCAUCAAGCACCGCAAGAACGAGAUCUUCCUCGACGUGGUCGAGCGGCUCAACUUGCUGGUUGCCGCCAACGGCACGCUGCUGCGGAGCGAGAUCCUCGGCUCGCUCAAAAUGCGCUCCUACCUGUCCGGCAUGCCUGAGCUCAAGCUCGGCCUCAACGACAAGCUGCUCUUCGAGGCGACCGGCCGGCGGACGGGCGGGCGCGGGCUCUCCAAGGGCAAGGCGGUCGAGAUGGAGGACAUUAAGUUCCACCAGUGCGUCCGGCUCGCGCGCUUCGAGAACGACCGCACGAUCUCCUUCAUCCCGCCCGAUGGCGAGUUCGAGCUGAUGAGCUAUCGGCUCAACACGCAGGUCAAGCCGCUCAUCUGGAUCGAGGCGGUCGUGGAGCCGCACUCGCACUCGCGGAUCGAGUACAUGAUCAAGGCCAAGUCGCAGUUUAAGCAGCGCUCGACGGCUAACAAUGUCGAGAUCGUCGUGCCCGUCCCCGCCGACGCCGACACGCCCUCCUUCAAGACGUCGAUUGGCACCGUCAAGUACGCGCCGGAGCGCGACGCGAUUGUGUGGAGCAUAAAGCAGUUCCACGGCGGCAAGGAGUACCUGAUGCGCGCGCACUUUGGGCUACCGUCGGUCUCCAACGAGGAGGAGAAGAAGGACAAGCCGCCGAUCACCGUCAAGUUCGAGAUUCCGUACUUUACCGUUUCGGGGAUCCAGGUGCGAUACCUGAAGAUCAUCGAGAAAUCGGGCUACCAGGCGCUGCCGUGGGUGCGCUACAUCACGCAAAACGGAGACUACCAGCUGCGAAUGGGCUGACCGGCCGCGUGAUGGUCGCGCGCAGACCCGCCGGACUGCGGCGCGUCUCGCAGCAGCGUGGCGACAGCGAGGAUCGCUUUGUAAGGGCGCGCGCCGCAGCGGCGCGCGUAUUUUUAUCGACCUCUUUAUCUCCUCUCUUUUCUAGC